UUGUGACUCGGUGCUGCAGCCUGAGGACUGUCAUGGAUUUACUCAAUGCAUCAGCUCAGCAUCAUAUCAAAUAACACGCCGUCAAACAGUUGAUCGACUUCCACGAGAUCGCUUCCACACGCAAACUUCCGAUUAUCUUCUGCAUGUUGAGAUUUGAAGUGGAAACACAAUGUGCUCCAGCAAAGAAUCACCACGGUUCCCUCCUUUCCUCCCCCUUCUAUUCCUCUUCUUCCUUCCCCAUGUUUUCUCCUUCUCACGACCCCAGUGGAUCCUUCAGCGUGUCCCAGUAGUUCUCCCACAGCAAACUGAAGGUCGCCCAGCCCCACGCUUCCUGUCUCAAGCCCGUCUAGAUGUCGCCUCUCCUUGUGACCCAGAAUGCCACAAAAGGGCCCCUCGGCCGGGCUACUGGGACCUGCGGCAAAUUCUGGCCUACGAGACUCUCCAUUCCGACGGUCAGCUCACUGAGACUGCUGUCGGGCUAUACGGUUACAACCUCGGGUCCAACACGAGUCCAGCUUACUCCUUUGGGUCGUCCGGGAAAGGCAAGACGUCACGUGUCAGACGGAAGCGUCAGAUCUUUGGUCACGAUGGUCGCUUCAGCAUAGCUGGGCAGAAGUUUGUGCUAAAAUAUCCUUUUUCAGUGGCUGUCAAACUGUCCACUGGCUGUUCUGGUACUUUGGUGGGGGACCGUCACGUUCUAACGGCCGCCCAUUGUGUCCAUGAUGGUAAAAACUAUGUGAAGGGCGCCCAGAGGCUCAGAGUCGGCUUUCUGAAACCCAAACAAGGAGAUAUUCAAGCCUCAACCCUUCUCUCCAACUUGACCAAUCAUGUCGAGGGCGGUCCAAACUAUGCCCCACGAGUCUCUGAGAAAAUGAAGUUCCAGUGGAUCCGAGCCAAGCGCACUCAUGUGCCCAAGGGAUGGAUUAAAGGUAAUGCCAACGACAUUGGAAUGGACUAUGACUACGCUCUUCUAGAACUCAAGAAAGCUCACAAACGACGCCACAUGAAUUUAGGGGUCAGCCCCCCUGCUCAGAGGCUCCCGGGGCGACGGGUUCAUUUCUCAGGAUUUGACAACGACCGCCCAGGUCAGCUGGUGUACCGUUUCUGUCGUGCCAGCGAAGAGACAGCAGACCUUCUGUACCAGCACUGUGAUGCCCAGCCAGGGGCCAGUGGGUCAGGGGUUUACGCCCGAAUGUGGGAUGCGGGGCGGCGACGCUGGGAGAGGAAAGUCAUAGGUGUGUUUUCUGGACACCAGUGGGUGGAGCGUCAAGGGGCGUCUCAGGAAUAUAAUGUAGCCGUGAGAAUGACGCCGCUCAAAUACGCUCAAAUUUGUUAUUGGAUAAAAGGGAACUUUGUGGACUGUCGAGAAGGAUGACAAAGUGACAUGGACACACCAGGACCACUGAAGAGCACUGAAGAAAGGUUGCAGAUGCAUAAUUGUUCCUACUGCUAGUAUGUAAUCAGCGCAAGCCUAUUUACUUCCUUAUGCGAGUGCAUCUGCUUCCUGUGGUCAUUAUAAGCAAUAAUAUGGAGCAAUGAAUACAUUUAGGAAGGUGCCUGCAGACUGCCAUAAUUUACUACAUCUUUGUGAUUGCACUGUAAAACGUUUUCUACUGAGACUUAUUUUCAGUGACGGUUCUGGCUUGAUUGACACCCUGGGCGGAUCAACUCUGUGACAGGGAUGCCCAAGCAGAGAUUCGAACCAAGGUCUACCCAAUCUCCUGUGUGGCCAACAUGCGGCACGGUGGUCUAGUGGUUAGCGCGCAGACCUCACAGCUAGGAGACCAGGGUUCAAUUCCACCCUCGGCCAUCUCUGUGUGGAGUUUGCAUGUUCUCCCCGUGCAUGCGUGGGUUUUCUCCGGGUACUCCGGUUUCCUCCCACAUUCCAAAAACAUGCUAGGUUAAUUAAUUGGUGACUCCAAAUUGUCCAUAGGUAUGAAUGUGAGUGUGAAUGGUUGUUUGUCUAUAUGUGUACUGUGAUUGGCUGGCGACCAGUCCAGGGUGUACCCCGCCUCUCACCCAAAGACAGCUGGAAUAGGCUCUAGCAAUGUUAUAUUAACAAUAAAACGUGCUUUAUUUUUGAGCAAUUACUGUUUUAAGUUCCAUUUUGAGCAUUAGAUUUUUCCUUUCCCCCUCCAAAAAUGCCGCCCUGGGCAAUUUGCCCAUAUGGCCCAUAGCUUAGAACCGCCACUGCUUAUUUUUGUCCAAGAAUGUACAAGUGAGCUACCAACAGUGCCUAUAUUCAUUCACAGUGGGGAAAGCAUGUAUUCUCUGCUAAAUCAAAUGUUUGGUACGUUCAUGGGUCGUCAUUCAACUGCAGAUUGUCUGUCCAAAGCACAUUAAGAGUACCGUUAUAUAUCUUCAAAGUUGUGCGCCCUCUUGUGGUAAUAAAACGCUUUCCGU